AUGCCGAAGGAGAAGAACUACAACCCAGUCCAAGCCCAACGGAAGGCGGACAAGGCAAAGGCUAUCAAGAAAGGCAAGGCCGAAGUUCAAGAACGGCGCAAUGAGAGAUUAGCUCGCAAGAAUCCCGAUCGCAUUCAACAACAAAUCGAUGACCUUCAGGCUGUCACCUCCAAAGGCGGCAAGCUUUCGAGCCGAGAAGAACAAGUGUUGGAGGGGCUUCAGAAAGAACUAAAGGCGGUGACGAAGGCCAGAGAUGCGCUCGGCGAUAAAGCGCCUACCUUUAAUCAACGGCGCGAUGGCGACUUCAGGCACGGUGUUUUGGGCAAGCGGAGACGAGGGUCAGAAGACGCGUCCAGCAGUGACGAUGACGUCCCAGAUGACGUUCGGAGAAUUCCCAUGCCUCGAGAUACGCCCCCUCCAAUACCAAAAGAGGUACUGGAUAAGUGGUACGCGAAGCGCCGAGCACGACGAAACGCGGAGAACGCCGCCAGGCAGGACGAUCGAGGAGAGACGGACAUGGAGACGGACAAGGCCAAGCAGCAGCCGGCGCCAGUGGUCGAGCACAAGACAGUAUACGAAGCAAAACCCGUCAUUCGCGACUUGCGGCAAGAAGCCGUUUCAGCCUUUGUCCCCGCAGCGGUGCAGGCAAAAAUGAUGAAGGGCAAAGGCCAAGGAGGGCUUAUGGAACCGGAAGAGGCAGAUCGACUGGAGCGAGAGGGUUACUUGAAAACAACAACGGGGGUCGGCGAGCAGCCGAAGGCUGGACCACCGGCCCCCGAGCAAGGCACGACAUCACUCUCAGCUACCGUCGAGGAUAUCGAGGACGAGGAUGAGGACGAGUGA